CUACCGUCACAGAUGAACUUCAUUGCCGUCCUCGUUCUUGCCCUUCUUCCCUCCGCUUCAGGAGUCGACCUACUGUCAAGCGCGUCGUUACCGCUUACUGAGACCAUCACCGUUCCUGACCACAUUCCAUGCUGCGAGGAUCUGCCCGCCUUGACAUCGCUCGGGCUUCUGUCUCAGUCAGUGAUCAGGAGAUACAAGAUGAGGUGCGUGGUCAAACAAGAAGAUCAAGAGAUAGGCAUGUCUAACUCGGGUGACCAUCAAGACUGUCGCAGGAUGGACCACGUCUAUUCUGUGUCGUUGAGAAUGCUUGGCCCUGGAAGAUUCUGGGGUUCGAGUCGAAGAGACGACGGUGUUGCAUUGUUGACUGGUGUUGAAUAGACCACUGAGCGGGCGACAGCUUAGAGUGGGACAGACGGGGUGCCAAACCUUACGUUUCUUAUAUCAUCAAAGAAUGACAAUAUUGCUCCGAUUCCAAAUAUCUGACCUUGCACCGUUUAACAUGGUACGAAACGCGUUUGACACUAGCGAUUUUAGUCAAGAUAGUGAACA